AUGAAAUUAAAAAUAAGUGUAACAAUAACAAAUUCUAAAACCAUUUUAUUCAUUAAACGAUUCGAUAAAUCAGUAUGUGCAAGUAAUCAUGGUAAUGUUGAUGAUUGUUUAGUACGUUCAUAUAAUUCUACAACAAAUGAUGAUGAUAUUAUUGAUGAACUAUCAAUCAUUCUAUGUUCAUUAUUUAAUGAAUUUUUAUUUUCAUUUGGUCGUUAUAAUCAUGUAUGA